GUGGCUGCAGGAUUUGGAUUAUCGGCGGUGUUUUGUAGCAGGUGGGGUCUCCCACAAGUCGUGCAUUUACUCAUCGAACCCCGGCACGUUCAGUAUGCUAUUAGGUUACAAUCCAGUGGUGCAAGCAGUGCUGGGCACUUUCCUGACGUGGGGAUUGACUGCUGCGGGCUCAGCACUUGUGUUUGUAUUUUCCAGUGGCCAGAGACGGAUCCUGGAUGGCAGCCUGGGCUUUGCUGCAGGGGUCAUGCUGGCUGCUUCUUACUGGUCCCUUCUUGCACCUGCCAUCGAAUUGGCUGAAGACUCUGGGAAGUUUGGGGCCUUUGCAUUCUUCCCUGUAGUAGCUGGCUUCACUUUGGGAGCGGCAUUUGUAUACUUUGCAGACUUUCUUCUCCCUUGGCUGAUUGGAUCACUGCUUGCUCUUAAUGGUACUGGCUGUGUAAAGAUCAAACACAGGGUAACAGAGAAGUUGUACCCUGGGAAACUGAUGUGCAUGAACAUCUGUUGUUUCCUUCUCCUCUACAAGUCCAUAUACAUCUUCCAGUGGUCUACUACCUAUGUCUUCUCCCCUGGUUCUGAGCUCUAG